UUCCAAGACCACCCUUUGCCGCCCCCAUUAAUCCAUUAUCCCCUCCUCCCCUCGCUUUAAAAACCUCUCCAUUCGAGGACUCGGUCAUCCCCCACCCUCCUCUCUUUCUCCUACUUCCUCAGUUAACCUCCACCAUCCUAAUGGCUAAAAACCGAAAAAACUCUGCAACCAACGAGAACACCACUGCCAACACCACCACCACCACCAAUAACAACAACAACAACAAAAAUAACAAUGGUGGGAAGAUGAAGAGGACUAGAAGGAGUGUGCCAAGAGAUUCUCCUCUGCAACGUAGCUCCGUUUACCGGGGAGUAACAAGGCAUCGGUGGACGGGCAGAUACGAGGCCCAUCUGUGGGACAAGAACUGCUGGAAUGAAUCCCAGAACAAAAAGGGAAAACAAGUUUAUCUUGGGGCUUAUGAUGAUGAGAAAGCAGCAGCCCAUGCGUAUGACCUGGCUGCAUUGAAGUAUUGGGGCUGUGACACCAUACUAAACUUUUCGUUAUCGACUUACGAAGAAGAGUUGAAAGAAAUGGAGGGCCAGUCCAAGGAAGAAUACAUUGGAUCCUUGAGGAGGAAAAGCAGUGGGUUUUCAAGAGGAGUCUCGAAGUACAGAGGUGUGGCAAGGCACCAUCACAAUGGAAGAUGGGAAGCUCGGAUUGGCAGAGUGUUUGGAAACAAAUACCUUUAUCUCGGAACCUAUGCGACACAAGAGGAGGCGGCAAUAGCAUAUGACAUGGCAGCGAUCGAGUAUCGUGGGCUCAAUGCGGUAACCAACUUUGACCUCAGUCGCUACAUUAAAUGGCUGCGUCCAAAUCAUGAUCAUGAUGGCUCUAAUGCUAGUCCUAGCAUUAAUCCUCUACCCAACUCGACGUCAACUGAUCGUAACUACGAUGUUCCACAAAGUUUUCAUCAACAUCAACAACCAAGUGUUGCUGAGAUCUCUCAAUUCCCCCAGCAAAAAUCCAGUGGUGUGGCGGCAUCAUCUGCGCUUGGGUUGUUGCUACAAUCACCAAAGUUUAAGGAGAUGUUGGAGAGAACAUCAGCAGCUGGUGGCUCUUCUUCAUCACCCAAAUCUGAAAGCAAGCCAUCUGGAUGCAGCUUCCCGGAUGACAUACAGACAUACUUUGAAUGCCAUGACAGUGGGAGCUACGCUGAGGGAGAUGAUGCCAUCUUUGGGGAGCUGCACACGUUUACGUCCUCGAUGUUGGAGUUCGAGCUCGACGUAUAAAAGCUUUGAAGAAUAUGUCUCUAAUUUCAUUCGUCUUUAUUGUUUCAGAAAGAAGCAACAUUAUAGUGCGCUCAUUCAUUCUUUAAAGAAAGAUUAGGGUUGUCCUUUUUUUCCUCUUCCUUCUAUUAAUUUUGUGAAUAGGAGGAAGAGAACGAGUGAUGGAGGAGUUGCAGAUUGCCAGGGAUAUGUUUGAGCUGAUGAUUGAUUUAUUUGUUUUUCAGCUAUGUGGAUUAAGAUUCUUUGUCCCCCAUACUCAAAAUAAUGACACAUGGCAGCUAUUGAGCUAUUCCAACUUUCGCAAUG